ACCCAAACAUUAUUUCCCAAGAUAAAGAUACAACCAUUUUCAUUGGUUGAAGCAAAUGGAACCGAAGAUUACACAAUACAGAAACCAUCCAACGUGGCAUUGGCAUCCUCAAAAAAUUCACAAGCAGGAAGAAAAAUCCAAAGCUUUCCGUGACUCAUCAAUGGCGAUCUCGGCACCAUCUCCGGUUGCUUCCUUUAGCAGAAUCGAACAGACCCACUUCCCCCUCUCCAAGCAGCCCCGAUUCAACCCCAAGUUUUACCCCAAAAGGCCUCUAACAAUUGUUUCCAUGGCACCCAAACAAAAGGUUAACAAGUACGAUGAAAACUGGAAAAAACAAUGGUACGGUGCCGGAAUCUUUGUCGAAGGAAGCGAAGAGGUGCAGGUGGAUGUGUUCAAGAAGCUGGAGAAACGGAAGGUUCUGAGCAACGUGGAGAAAGCCGGUCUGUUGUCCAAGGCGGAGGAGCUGGGCUUCACGCUUUCGUCUAUAGAGAAGCUUGGCGUGUUUUCUAAGGCGGAGGAGCUGGGGCUACUCAGCUUGUUGGAGAAGGCGGCGACUGUGUCCCCCUCCACACUGGCGUCAGCGGCGCUUCCCGCAUUGGUGGCGGCCAUUGUUACUAUUAUUGUAAUACCCGAUGACUCGGUGGGGCUCGUGGCGGUGCAGGCGGUGGUGGCCGGGGCUCUUUGCGUUGGUGCCGCUGGCUUGUUUGUCGGCUCUGUUGUAUUGGGUGGUCUACAGGAAGCCGACUGAUGCUUCCUUUUCCCCUUUUUCAUAUCUUUUCCUUUGCGCACUAUAAAAUUUUCUGAUUUUUGUGUUUCAACGAGGGUUAGUGUAAACUUUUUGUACCGCCUGUCCCUUAAAAUAAUUUAGAAUUUGUUUC